CUUCUUCUUCUUUCUCCUCUCCUCCACCACCUCUGUGAUGUUCCGACCAUCAGCUCAGGCCUCUCUGGCCAGGAGCACCAUCACCUCCCGUCCACGCAUCGCCAACACGGCAAACCCCCUCCGAGCUCACAAUCCCCUGCGAUCCACACUUCUCCCUGGUACUGCUACCGCUCCUGCCUCUCCUUCUGUUUCUACCUCUUCCCCCCGUCUAGCGCUCCCUUUCCACACCUCGACGGCUCGCUUCGCUCUCCUUAGACCCUCUGCACCCCUCUAUGCUGCCAACCCUCAAUCGGGAAAGCCAGCUAGUGAUAAUUGGAAGCACACCGCCCAGAACAUCAAGGAAGAGGUGGGACAGGUAAAGGACUCCCUCGAGUCGGCCGUCGCUGGUGGUGACAGUUCUAGCCGUAAAGGUUCCAAUGACAAGAGUACCGAGGGUCAAGACCCAGGUAUGGCUCAAAUCCUGGGUGACGCCAAGUCCAUUACUUCGGAAAUGGCCCAGGUGGUUCCUCAGCCAGCUCUGCUUUGGGGUGCGGCAGGUGUGAUGCCCUACGUGGGAACGGCAGGUGCUUCCAUCUACCUCUCCCGUCAGGCCAACUUGGUUGCCAAUGGUCUCGAUUCUCACAUGGACUUGGAGACGGCCACUGCCCUUUUGCUGCACGCGCAAAACAUUCAGGUAGCCUAUGGUGCCAUCAUCCUCUCCUUCCUCGGCGCCAUUCACUGGGGUUUCGAGUGGGCCAAGCUGGGUGGUAGGGUAGGCAACUUGCGAUACGCCAUGGGUGUAGCACCUCUAGCCUUGGCAUGGCCUUCGCUUCUUCUGGCACCACAAAUGGCCCUGAUUGCCCAAUGGGCUGCCUACGUAGCCGUAUGGUUCAUCGACCUUAGGGCCACCACCGAAGGAUGGGCACCAAGGUGGUACAGUACCUACCGUUUCUGGCUCACCGCUGCCGUUGGCACCUCUAUCAUUGCCACAUUGGCAGGAACCCAAUACUACGACGUCUCCCCUUCGCGCUCUUCGGCCCGCUCUGCCGGUUCUAAACUCGCAUCAGAGAUUCGUGACAAUGCCGCCCAAAAGGCUCAAGAAGCUCGUUCUACCGCCGAGGGUAAUCAGGGGACUCAACCCUUGAAGGGUGACUUGAAGGGUGGAGACGUAUUUGCUGAGCAAUCUUCCGGUGAGGAAGAAGGUUUUGUCAAGAUUCGAAAUCCAAAGAGGGUAGAAGAGGAGAGGAAGAAGAAGGAAGAGGAGGAAAAGAAGAAGAAGAAGGAAGAAGAAGAGAAGAAGAAGAAGGAAGAGGAAGAGGAGAAGAAGAAGAAGCAGGAAGAAGAGGAGAAGAGUAAGAAGGAAGGAGGUGAAGAGAAGAAGGAGGGUGAGGGUGAGGGAGAGGGUGAAGAAGGAGGUCAAGAGAAGAAGGAAGGUGAGGGUGAGGGUGAGGGUGAAGGUGGUGAGGAGAAGAAGGAAGGUGGCGAUGAGAAGAAGGACAAGUAGAAGAUGGGCGUGUGUGUGUGUG